AUGAAUUCAGUGGAAGAGGCGGACAGUCGUCGCCGAGAAGUGCUAAACGGAGCCCAAAGACGAUACCAGGAGUUAAAAACUAGUGGAUAUUUUGCGCCGGGUAUUUGUGAUGAUUACGAGCUGAACAAAGUGCCAAGCUGGUUUGAUCCAACCAGAUAUGAACGGUGUAUUUAUUUGGCGCGAAAAUACUUUGUCAGCCUAUACAUCGCUCACUUUAUUGGACUCUUAAUGAUUAUCCAAAUCCCGUCGGGUUUGGCACCACUUCUGGCGACCGGAAACUCGGAAACAGUGGCCAAACUGUUUCGCCGAUACCUCUCGACACUAAUCCAUGUGAGGAAUUGGUACGAAAGUAAUCCUUUCGACACACAAUCCGUUGCCUUUAAAUCCAUACAAAAAGUGCGAGCAAUGCAUAAAAGAGUGGCACAACUGAUGAACACUCGGCCCAAAACGGACACAAUUAAAGACAAACUAUGGCUCAAUCAAUACGACUUUGCGAUGACUCAGUGGGCUUUCAUCGGACCCGUUAUCCUCUAUCCCGAAGAGUGUGGUCUACGGCCGGCCACCGCUCAAGACAUCGACGAUCUCUGCUAUUUAUGGCGUGUAAUCGGCUAUUGUAUGGGAAUUGAAGACAAGUAUAACCUCUGUUCGGCUAAUAUAGAGGAGGAUCGGGAGUUGUGCCGACUAUUGUUUGACAGAGACUACAGGCCUGUACUCCACGAUAACGCCAUGACUGACACUAUUGGUUGGCAAAUGGGAAACGGUAUCGCAUUAGGGCUUCAAAUGCUUAAUCCAUCGCUUAGUUUUGAGGCCAUAAUCAACUACUGGUACCCUAGACUGGAGAUCCCACACAAGAUUCAAUUGAAAACAUUUUUCCAUAAAUUCUCGUAUUAUUAUUUGUGGUUUAAUUUUCAGGUUAUGCUCCGGUACUCAAUGGCUCACUGGUUGUAUGGAUGGGUCUAUCGGUUAUUGAUUGCUUUGGCCAUUAAGAAGAGACAUAUCAGGGAAAACAUACUUCGGCUUAAAUACAAGGAUAUUAAAUAUGAGGAGAAAUGUCCAUUAAAUAACAUUAAGUUAGAAUAUACCGACGCUUUCAACGAAAAUCUAUAA